AUGUCUAAGCGACCUGACGACACAUCGCAGCAAAAGAAAUACCUAGCAGAUCUGAUUACCAAGUUACCCCCAAUAGCCCAAGCGCGGGUCUUACUAGAACACUUUGCAGUCACUUCUCAUCCGAACUGCGGCAUACUGCACAUCCCAUCAUGUCGGAACGUUUUGGAGGAAUCAUAUCGGAAGGUAGGUGUAGGCGGAACACCCUCAAUUGAGAAUUUACUACUUCUGUUCGGAAUAUUUGCAGGAGCGGCCUUUCUUUGGUCACCAAUUCUGCUACAGCAGCUUCAUGCUACUCGUGCAGAGUCGAAAGCCGCGUUUCUCGAAUACAGUCAACUCGGCAUGUCUAUCAUCGACAAUAUAGUGCAACCAUUGACUCCCUCCACUAUCGCCUUGGCAGCUAUGACCAACCUACACUACGUUACAGCCCAUGCUCGUGGACUGUCGGAUAACGCUGUGGCUUUGCGAAUGAAGUGCUACGCAAUGGCUCGCAUUUUGCAAAUCGAUCGCAUGGACACUGCAAAAGUCAGGGAAGAGCGUAAACGAAGAGGGUGCAGCAUUGUUGAAACAGAAAUUCAGAGAAGAAUUUGGUGGAAUCUGGUGGGUAGCGACUGGUUAAAUGCUUUUUCUGGUGGUCCAAAUGAUGGGACUUACUCUCUACAGCCGAGGUACAUGUGCGUUCGUCUUCCCGCAAAUAUCGACGACAAAGAUUUAACGGAACACAUGGUGGAGAGCGACAUUCCACUCUCAAUACCCUCAGACAUGAGUGCCUUCAUUCAACGUGCCAAGAUAUCCGCAGUUUGUCGAGAAGUCGUCGAUUCUCUCCCGUCACAGUUUGACGAUGCCGCCGAACCAGACUAUGAAGCCGUACUGCAAAUGGACCAGAAGUUCCGCGCCUAUCAAGCCAAUCUUCCAACCUUCUUCCGAUUAGAUCCUGAAAGUGUGGAGAAGUCAAAGGAUACAUGCAGAGAGCGGCCACUCAUUGCUCUACAAAGAGUGGGCGUCAACUUCAGCGUACAUAUACGGUUAUGCCGACUUCACAGACCAUAUCACCUGGAGGGCUUGACCAAUCCAAAAUACACCUACUCUUACAAGGCCUGUAUACAUGAGGCCCAGAGGGUACUCGAGCUGCGUCGGGCAAUGGACGAGUGUGCUCCGCUAGGCAUGAACCCAGCUCGGUCUUGGAUAGUCAUGCAGCAUGUUUCUAUCGCAGCGCUUAUCCUUGCAACAGAGGUGUCUUUCAACCCGUCGGCGCCCAAUGCAGAAGACAGAAAGGCCAAGGUGUUGGCUACUUGUGAGUUAUUGGAAAAGUCAAUCGAAGAAUCUGGAUCUAUUAUGGACGGCGUUCAGCGGAACAUGCAAGUUCUCAUAUCAACGCUACAGAGGAAGAGACCACAGAGCUUCAGCCAUCAUAACACCUUGCAGAGAAUAGAGAGCAAUCAUGGACAACCUAAUGGCGUCAUGGCGAUGGAGACCGACGGGGAGGCUGCCCAGCCAGCUGCUGCAGCUUCUGUCGGUAACGCAAUUGCAAAUGAUGGCUUCAUUGGAGAGAUGGAUACCGACCAGACCAACUGGGAUCAGCUGUGGAAAGACUUUAUUGACAUUGCUCCCGAAUUGGAUACUACGCAGUGGGAUCUUUUAUUUGAAGAUGUACAGUCUUUCUAG